GGUCUGCGGAGAGUAGGCCUGUAGCUCCUCCUCACCCGCCACAACCUGAUUUCCUAGAAGGGCUCUGUCAUCCAAAAAGAUUUUCCAUUGGCUUAGAGGAGGCAGGGCCCGUCUUCCCCCGUUAUCCAUUGGCUGCCCCUUCCGCCGCAAGUUGGGGGCGGGGUUAGGGCGCCUGUCGAUUGCAUCAGCUGGUCCAGCGGAGGCCAAGUGGCGCAAGCGCAGUGUUCCCGGGCCCUAGCCCACCUGCGACCCGCCUCUUUGCUCUUCUCUAGGCCGUCGCUUUCGGGUUCUCUGAUCGCUUCGUCGUUCGCCAAUGUUUGAGGAGAAAGCCAGCAGUCCUUCAGGGAAGAUGGGAGGCGAGGAGAAGCCGAUUGAUGCUGGUGAAGAGAAGCGAAAGGAAGGAGGCAAAAAGAAGAACAAAGAAGGAUCUGGAGAUGGAGGUCGAGCUGAGUUGAAUCCUUGGCCUGAAUAUAUUUACACACGUCUUGAGAUGUAUAAUAUACUAAAAGCAGAACAUGAUUCCCUUCUGGCAGAAAAAGCAGAAAAAGAUAGCAAGCCAAUUAAAGUCACUUUGCCUGAUGGUAAACAGGUUGAUGCGGAAUCUUGGAAAACUACACCAUAUCAAAUUGCCUGUGGAAUUAGUCAAGGCCUGGCCGACAACACCGUUAUUGCUAAAGUAAAUAAUGUUGUGUGGGACCUGGACCGCCCUCUGGAAGAAGAUUGUACCUUGGAGCUUCUCAAGUUUGAGGAUGAGGAGGCUCAGGCAGUGUAUUGGCACUCCAGUGCUCACAUAAUGGGUGAAGCCAUGGAAAGAGUCUAUGGUGGAUGUUUGUGUUAUGGACCGCCAAUAGAAAAUGGAUUCUAUUAUGACAUGUACCUCGAGGAAGGGGGUGUGUCUAGCAAUGAUUUCUCUUCUCUGGAGUCUUUAUGUAAGAAAAUCAUUAAAGAAAAACAAGCUUUUGAAAGACUGGAAGUUAAGAAAGAAACUUUACUGGCAAUGUUUAAGUACAACAAGUUCAAAUGUCGGAUAUUGAAUGAAAAGGUGAAUACUCCAACUACCACAGUCUAUAGGUGUGGCCCUUUGAUAGAUCUCUGCCGGGGUCCUCAUGUCAGACACACGGGCAAAAUUAAGGCUUUAAAAAUACACAAAAAUUCUUCCACAUACUGGGAAGGCAAAGCAGAUAUGGAGACUCUCCAGAGAAUUUAUGGCAUUUCAUUCCCAGAUCCUAAAAUGUUGAAAGAGUGGGAGAAGUUCCAAGAGGAAGCUAAAAACCGAGAUCAUAGGAAAAUUGGCAGGGACCAAGAACUAUAUUUCUUCCAUGAGCUCAGCCCUGGAAGUUGCUUUUUUCUGCCAAAGGGAGCCUACAUUUAUAAUGCACUUAUUGAAUUCAUUAGGAGUGAAUAUAGGAAAAGAGGAUUCCAGGAGGUAGUCACCCCAAACAUUUUCAACAGCCGACUCUGGAUGACCUCGGGUCACUGGCAGCACUACAGCGAGAACAUGUUCUCCUUUGAGGUGGAGAAGGAGCUGUUUGCUUUGAAACCCAUGAACUGCCCAGGGCACUGCCUUAUGUUUGAUCAUCGGCCAAGGUCCUGGCGAGAACUGCCUCUGCGGCUGGCUGAUUUUGGGGUACUUCAUAGAAAUGAGCUGUCUGGAGCACUCACAGGACUCACCCGGGUACGAAGAUUCCAGCAGGAUGAUGCUCACAUAUUCUGUGCCAUGGAGCAGAUUGAAGAUGAAAUAAAAGGUUGUUUGGAUUUUCUACGUACGGUAUAUAGCGUAUUUGGAUUUUCUUUUAAACUGAACCUUUCUACUCGCCCGGAAAAAUUCCUUGGAGAUAUUGAAGUAUGGGACCAAGCUGAGAAACAACUUGAAAACAGUCUGAAUGAAUUUGGUGAAAAGUGGGAGUUAAACUCUGGAGACGGAGCUUUCUAUGGUCCAAAGAUUGACAUACAGAUUAAAGAUGCGAUUGGGCGGUACCACCAGUGUGCGACCAUCCAGCUGGAUUUUCAGUUGCCCAUCAGGUUUAAUCUUACUUAUGUAAGCCACGAUGGUGAUGAUAAGAAAAGGCCAGUGAUUGUUCAUCGAGCCAUCUUGGGGUCAGUGGAAAGAAUGAUUGCUAUCCUCACGGAAAACUAUGGGGGCAAAUGGCCCUUUUGGCUGUCCCCUCGCCAGGUAAUGGUAGUUCCAGUGGGACCAACCUGUGAUGAAUAUGCCCAAAAGGUACGGCAACAAUUCCAUGAUGCCAAAUUCAUGGCAGACAUUGAUCUGGAUCCAGGUUGUACAUUGAAUAAGAAGAUUCGAAAUGCACAGUUAGCACAGUAUAACUUCAUUUUAGUUGUUGGUGAAAAAGAGAAAAUCAGUGGCACUGUUAAUAUCCGCACAAGAGACAAUAAGGUCCACGGGGAACGCACCAUUUCUGAAACUAUGGAGCGGCUACAGCAGCUCAAGGAGUCCCGCAGCAAACAGGCAGAAGAAGAAUUUUAAUGAAAAAAUUGCCCAGAUUGGCCCCAUGGAAAAGGAGGAGCAGUGUUUCCAUAACAUUGACUUUAUACUCUGAAAAUGUCAAUUUAUGUUGAACUUGAAGGAGUUUGGCAGAGUCCGAGUAGGUCAACCUGCAGGCGUAACUAUUUUUGACCUAGUCAGUUUUUAAACAAUGUGCAUUUGAAGGAGUUAAUUAAAAGAGCCAAUAAAAUGAUUUUACUCAUUCAGUAUCUGAGUACUGGAAAUGCUUUAGUAUAAUGAGGGAGAACUUUUUUGUAAAUUUAAUGCAAUUGAAAAAGUUUUAAAUUCAAUUAAGAUAACUAGAAUUGGAUUAUGGUAUAAAAAUAAAAAAAAAUUAUUCAUAUCAGUUUCAAGACUGCUCUGUCCCUGUCAUGUACACAUACAUGCCUAAGACAAAUCAUGUGGUUCAGUAUUUAUCUUCACAGUUUUACAGCAAAUAUGCUGCAGGGUGGGUGGAGACAGGGUAGGUCUGCAGCACCAUAAUGCUGUUCAUAAACUGGAUGUGAGCUGGGUGCUGGCUUCUCAGGAUAAACACCUUUGGGAGUGUCAUUUUUACUUAAUGUUGGACAUCUUUUCAAACAAAAACUACCAUGGAUCUAUUAUAAAGUAGAUUUGACAAAUGUUUAAGAUAAAACAUGGGUCUUCAGAGAAAUAUCUGUUUAUGGCAGACUGUUCUGGACCAUAGAAUCACUUGUUUUACAAAUUCCCUGUUUCCUCAUGUGGGAUCAUUUUCAAAAUCUUCUACCAAUAAAUGGUGAUUGAGAGGAUAGCACAAAGUAAAUAAUUUCUUAUGUGGAUAAAUAUUCAUUCCUCCUUGAUAUAAUGAUGUUUUAAAAGCAACAUCUUUUUUUAAUUUUUUUUGAGACAAGAUCCUUUGUCGCGCAGGCUGGAGUGCAGUGCCACGAUCUCGGCUCACUGCAACCUCGGCCUCCCAAGUAGCUGGGACUACAGACAUGUGCCACCAUGCCUGGCUAAUGUUUGUAUUUUCUAUAGAGAUGGUUUCAUCAUGUUGCCCAGGCUGGUAUCAAACUCCUAGAUAAAAGAGAUCCACCUGCCUCCGCCUCCCAAAGUGCUGGGAUUACAGGCAUGAGCCACCACGCCCAGCCUGAAAAGCAACAUCUCGUCAGUGCUAUAAUCUCAAAGAGCUUGUUUGCAAGGUGUGAUGGUUAAUACUAGGUGUCAACUUGAUUGGAUUGAAGGAUGCCUUUAUUGUUUCUGGGUGUGUUUGUGAGGGUGUUGCCAGAGAGACUGACAUUUGAGUCAAUGGCCUGGGAGAGGCAGACACACCCUCCAUGUGGGUGGGCAAAAUCCAGUCAGCUGCCAGUGCAGCUAGAACAAAGCAGGUGGAAGAAGGUGGAAUUGGCUUGCUGUCUUCUGGCUUUCAUCUUUCUCCUGUCCUGGAUGAUUCUGCCCUUGGACAUCAGACUCCAGGUUCUUUAGCUUUUGGACUCUUGGACUUAUACCCAUGGUUUGCCAGGGGCCCUCUGGCCUUUGGCCAUUGACCAGAGGUUGCACUGUUGGCUUCCCUGCUUUUGAGACUUUGGACUUGGACUGAACCAUUACUGGCUUCCUUGCUCCUCAACUUGCAGACGGCCUAUCAUGGGACUUCACCAUGUGCUUAUGUGAGUCAAUUCUUAAUAAAUUUCCUUUCAUAUA